GUUGAUAUUGCGCUCUCGAAUGACUCUCUCCUUCUCUGUCAAGAGUUUCCCUCUCCGAUUUGAUGCAUCAACUGCAAUGAGAUGAAAGUCUUCAGAAUAUGUAGCGUUUAAGUUUGUGCUUGAUUCCUUCGAGUUCUUCCGUUGCUUGUUUAUGAAUCCUCCUCGGUCGAUUCCGCUCAACCAUAUUUUGUUCUGCGCAGAUGACAUAGAUUGUUCUUGAUGAAACUAUAAUCAUGGAUGUUCCCGACGUUGAAGAAAUACUUUUUUCUCCCACUGAUGCAAAGUUGCAUGGAGAAAUGUACAAGAAACUCGCUGCAAUUUAUUGCCAGGUUAUGUCAAUUUUCCCUUCCUUGGAAGCAGCAAGACCUAGGAGCAAAACUGGUAUUCAGGCUUUAUGUUCAUUGCAUGUAGCUCUUGAGAAGGCCAAGAAUACUCUUCGGCACUGCUCGGAAUCCAGUAAACUCUACUUGGCUAUAACUGGAGAUGCUGUUCUAGCCAAAUUUGAAAAGUCAAGAUGUUCUCUUGAAGUUAGUCUUGUAUGCGUUGAAGAUAUUGUUUCAGAAUCAAUUGGAUUUCAGAUUCAGCAGAUAGUGGACGAACUAAAGAACAUUGUUUUUUUACUUGACCCACUCGAGAAACAAGUUGGUGAUGAUAUCAUUGCAUUACUCCUGCAAGAAAGAAAAUUUGAUGAUUCCAAUGGUCAUAAUGAGCUGGAGCAUUUUCAUCAGGCCGCCACGAAACUGGGAAUUACAUCCUCCAAAGCAGCCCUCACAGAGAGGAGAGCUCUUAAGAGACUCGUAGAACGAGCUCGCUUAGAAGAAGACAAGCGAAAGGAAUCAAUUGUAGCUUACCUUUUGCAUCUCAUGAGGAAGUAUUCUAAGUUAUUUAGAACCGAGUUGUCAGAUGACACUGACUCACAGGGAGGAUCAACUCCUUGUUCUCCUACUGUUCGGUGUUCUCUUGAGGACAAUGGACCUACAGCCAACGGCCGAAUGUUUGAACAUCAGCUCUCAAAGCUCAGUUCUUUCAAUUUCAAGCCAAAUUAUAGGAUAUCAGGGCAAAUGCCUCUUCCACCUGAGGAAUUAAGGUGUCCAAUAUCAUUGCAGCUUAUGUACGACCCUGUCAUAAUUGAUUCCGGGCAAACAUAUGAAAGGAUCUGCAUUGAGAAAUGGUUCAGUGAUGGUCACAAAAUCUGCCCGAAGACUCAAUAUUGGCUCUCCCAUCUGUCCUUGACACCUAAUUACUCUGUCAAAGGUCUUACUGCUAAUUGGUGUGAAUCUAACGGAGUUCCUAUCCCUGACAGUCCGCCAAAGUCGCUUGAUCUGAAUUAUUGGAGGCUUGCACUGUCUGAUUCCGAGUCUGGACAAUCAAGAUCUGUGGACAAAGUUGGCUCUUGCAUGUUGAAGGAAGUUAAGAUAGUUCCUUUGGAGGAAAGUGGAACAAUAAAGGUUGUUGAAGAAAAUGAAGCAGAGGAUAAUACAUACAUGGAGGAAUCAUCUGAUUUUAUUACUCUGGAGAGUUGUGUAAAUUUUAUGACAGUAUUGACCGAAGAGGGCGACUUGAGUAAAAAAUGCAAGGUUGUGGAGCAGAUAAGACUUUUACUCAAGGAUGAUGAUGAAGCUCGAAUUUUGAUGGGAGCCAAUGGCUUUCCUGAAGCACUCAUGGAAUUCCUAACUUUAGCUCUUAUUGAAGAAAACGCCGAUGCUCAGGAAAGUGGAGCCAUGGCUCUCUUCAAUCUUUCUGUCAACAACAACAGAAACAGGGAAAUGAUGAUAGCAGCAGGUGUAAUCUCAUUGUUGGAGAAUAUGAUUUUGAAAUCCAAUUUACAUGGACCUGCAACAGCCUUAUAUUUGAAUCUUUCCUGCCUAGAAGAUGCGAAACCUAUCAUUGGCUCUAGUAGAGCUGUUCCUUUCCUUAUCCAGCUGCUUACUUCUAAUGGUGAAUCCCAAACGAAGCUCGAUGCACUUCACACCCUUUACAACCUCUCGACCACGCCCUCCAUUGUCCCCGUUCUUCUUUCCUCCGCCAUCAUUGAUGGACUUCAAUCCUUUUUUGCAACUCCCAGUGACAACUUAUCGACUCAGACUUCCUUAGCUAUCUUAAUAAACUUAGCUUCAAGCCAGUUGGGGAUAGAAGAAAUAACCUCAGCCCCAGAGCUUAUCAGCGGGUUGGCAGCAAUCGUGGAUGCUGGCGAACGUGCCGAGCAGGAGCAAGCUGUCUCGUGUUUGUUGCUUUUGUGUAGAGGGAGUGAAAAAUGCAGUCAAAUGGUGUUACAGGAAGGAGUGAUUCCUGGAUUAGUGGCGAUUACGGUAAACGGGACGUCGAGAGGGAAGAUAAAAGCUCAGAAGCUUCUGAUGUUGUUUAGGGAGCAGAGGCAAAAGGAUACCGAUCUCGGUCAGCAGCGAGAGCGAGAUGGAAAUAGCAACGCAACCAUGGCUGUUCCAGAGCCAAAAACUCUAUGCAAAUCAGUAUCAAAGAAAAAGAUGGGGAAAGCAUUAAGCUUUUUUGGGAAGAACAAACGGUUUUCACUAUACCAAUGUUGAGCCUUUGGUCCUUGUAAAUUCUGUAUAUUUCUUUUAGGUCCCUCGUGUUAGUUUUUGUUUUCAAAUAGGACCCUAGAAAUGUACAGCUUCCUGUAAGUAAUGAUCUUUGCUUUCCUUUAGUGUAUGAUUAGAACAUGCUUAUGAUGUUAGGACAGAAUUGGUUUUUGGGUUAAAUCAUCAUUUUUGCCUCAGCUGGUGAUUUCAA